AUGGCUGGAGGCUGGUCUGGUGUGAUUCUAGCGGAUUUCUGGAUUCCUCUUCUGAUUUUUUCAGGUGCCACCGUUAUCAUCCAAUUCGUCACUUUUAUUUACUGCAUCAAGGUCUAUCUUUCAUCUCUCGCAGAUAGUUCAAGUACCACGGAAAACUCAGGCGUUCUACCUUCGUACACUAACAGUGUACGUACCGUCUCACCACGGCAGGCAUAUCGUCGAGUUCGCCGAGUGAUUGAGUUACAAUGGAGAGGUAUCGCGAUAGUAUUAGUGAUUGUUGCCGAUGUCAUCUUUUUUGCGAUCGUGUUUGUCUUCAUGGAUGAUCUAGAAACGAAUAUCCUCAAGGAUCCCAAAAAGGCUGAACAAUGGUUAACAUGCUUACUUCAAACUGCUGGAAAAAAAGAAGAGUGUUUGUCGAUAGCGAGUGAUCUGGUCGUGAACGAAGCUACCGUUGGUGCAGUUCUCGUCUUGCUAUCCUUCAAUGGUUUCUGGGCAGCAUUAUUCCUGGGAAGGAAAGCAAUGUUCACAGGCUGGAUUGAGAUGUAUCGCAGCAAAAUGAGGCCCAACAAUGAAUUCGUUAGUGCCGACGUUCACGCUUUCAAGGAUCCUAGGGCAUACGAAAUGCUCGAUAAAAAUCGAGACCAACGCGAUAGCAAGACCAUGGAGGCAUGCGAAACUCCGUGUGUCCUCACUCCCGUUUCACCCAUUCGAAAAAGUGGUCGAGAAACACCAGACUACUUUGGCAGGGAAGCAAGAUACAAAUCACCAUCACGCUCAUUCUCGAAACCCCAUCCUCCCCAGUCAUGGGAUUCAACCUCAACAUUCGCUCCACCCAUGGAUGCACACAACACGAAGAAAUUUUGA